GGCGCUGGGGCCGGCCGCGCAUGAUGCGGCGGAGGUGGUGAGGCCCCCGCGGGGAGGGGGCGGGAGGAGGGAGAGUCACUUAUAAAUGGCGCCCAAGCAGGACCCCAAGCCCAAAUUCCAGGAGGGUGAACGAGUGCUUUGUUUUCAUGGACCUCUCCUUUAUGAAGCAAAGUGUGUAAAGGUUGCCAUAAAGGACAAGCAAGUGAAAUACUUUAUCCAUUACAGUGGUUGGAAUAAAAACUGGGAUGAAUGGGUUCCAGAAAGCAGAGUGCUCAAAUACGUGGAUACCAAUUUGCAGAAACAAAAAGAACUUCAAAAGGCCAAUCAGGAACAAUAUGCAGAGGGGAAGAUGAGAGGUGCUGCUCCGGGCAAGAAGACUUCUGGUCUGCAGCAGAAAAAUGUUGAAGUAUUUUUCAGACGAGAUGGAGCGCAUACUGUUUGCUGUUUGGAGACCCCUACAAUAUCGACGCGGAAAACAAAAAAGAACAAACAGAAAACUCCAGGAAUUGGAGAAGGGAGCAGUACCAGUGAGACUCCUCAGCCUCCUAGGAAGAAGAGGGCUCGAGUAGAUCCAACGGUUGAAAGUGAAGAAACAUUUAUGAACAGAGUUGAAGUAAAGGUGAAAAUCCCAGAAGAGCUGAAACCAUGGCUGGUAGAUGACUGGGACUUGAUCACCAGGCAAAAGCAGCUCUUCUAUCUUCCGGCCAAGAAGAACGUUGACUCCAUUUUAGAGGAUUAUGCAAACUACAAAAAAUCACGAGGAAAUACUGAUAACAAGGAGUAUGCAGUCAAUGAAGUUGUGGCUGGAAUUAAAGAAUACUUCAACGUCAUGCUGGGAACUCAACUGCUGUACAAGUUUGAGAGGCCCCAAUAUGCUGAAAUUUUAGCAGAUCACCCAGAUGCUCCAAUGUCUCAGGUCUAUGGUGCUCCACACCUACUGAGGUUAUUUGUACGAAUUGGAGCUAUGCUUGCUUACACUCCUCUUGAUGAGAAGAGCCUGGCUUUGCUGUUAAACUAUUUGCAUGACUUCUUAAAGUAUUUAGCAAAGAAUUCCUCUGCAUUGUUUAGCGCCAGUGACUAUGAAGUAGCCCCUCCUGAGUAUCAUCGGAAAGCAGUAUAAUACCAUGCUGCUUGACAGUGAAGUGAUAAUUGGAUCCUUGUAAUACUGUCCACUUCUACAUCUUGUUCUUCACCUUUCUAUUGCACAUGUCUCUAUUGCACAAAUUAUGUAAACAUAAAGUGAAUAAAGUUGUGUGUUUAAAAUGGAACUGGCAUUUGUAAGUUCUGAAAAUUUCUUGUCCUGAAAUGGAAGCUUGGAGUUUAACGGGAACUCUUUGGUGUUCUUGCUACUGUUGUUUGCAUCAAUGGAAUGUAAAAAAUGCAUUAUGAUAUUUCAUUGUACGAACUCUUCAGUGCUUGUAGGUCUGUUUUGACAUUAAGAUUAGCUUCACUAACCUGCUUUAUUGUGUAGUAAUGACAAAUGCAGACUCUCAGACCCAUGGGGCUUGUGAUCAUUUAGUGUUGGUGCUAUUGAUUAGUCUGACUUUCAAACCCAUUUACUUUCUUGGUGUUGGAAGUAAAAUGUUUGGUCCAUAAAUGUAUGCUUUUAUUUAGGUGGUUGAAGGACUGUGACUUUUUUAUAUUCUAACAAUAGGAAAAUGCUUUAUCAUAUCGUAGUGUCUUGGAAA